CUCGCCCAGAGGCCUCGCGGCAGCUGAGCUUCGCAUCGCUCUCUUCGUCCCUUCGAAUUGGACGAAACCCCAAUUUCGAUUAUAAUAUUUCAUGCUAUGUGUGUAUGUAUAUGUUGAUGUAUAAUAUAUAAUAUACACGCGCAUAUACAUACACAUUAUAUAAAUACUCUGUCCUCUGGUUCUUCUCUCGCUACCUUCUGCGACCUAAUCGUUCUGAGAUCGGAGGCGUUUUUGGGGAGCACGAUGACGAAUACUCACGGUGUGGUGCUCGAUGGCGAAAGCGACGGCGUUUUGGACUGUCAGCUGAAGCGUGAGAAGCUCAUUAUUGAUACUGACCCUGGAAUUGAUGAUACCAUGGCUAUCUUAAUGGCAUUUCAAACUCCGGAGUUGGAAAUCUUGGGAUUGACAACAAUAUUUGGUAAUGUUACCACAGAAGAUGCCACUCGCAAUGCCUUGCUUCUGUGUGAGAUCGCAGGGCAUCCAAGUUUGCCUGUGGCGGAGGGAAGCCCUGAGCCUCUGAAGGGUGGAAGGCCACGUGUUGCUGACUUUAUACAUGGUUCUGAUGGAUUGGGGAACAUAUUUCUACCUCCUCCAGAAAGAAAGAAAAUUGAGAAGAAUGGUUCUGAAUUUUUAGUUGAUAUGGUCUCUGAAUAUCCUGGAGAAGUAUCUAUACUUGCUCUUGGUCCCUUGACAAACUUAGCACUGGCAAUCAAAAGAGAUUCUUCCUUUGCGAAAAAGGUCAAGAGGGUGGUCGUACUUGGUGGUGCUUUCUUUGCACUGGGAAAUGUAAAUCCUGCUGCGGAAGCAAAUAUUUAUGGAGACCCGGAAGCAGCAGAUGUUGUGUUUACUUCUGGGGCAAACAUUACUGUUGUUGGAAUAAAUAUUACAACCCAAGUUCAAUUUACAGAUGAUGACCUCCUUCAACUGCGUCAAUCUAAAGGAAAGCAUGCUCAGCUGAUAAGCAACACGUGCAAAUUCUACAGAGAUUGGCAUGUUGAAUCUGAUGGUGUUCAUGGGAUUUUCCUUCACGACCCAGUCAGUUUUGUAGCACUGGUCCGGCCUGAUCUCUUUACAUACAAGAAGGGGGUUGUGAGGGUUGAAACUCAGGGCAUCUGUGUUGGGCACACACUGAUGGAUCAAGGACUUAAAAAUUGGAAUUCAAGCAAUCCAUGGACAGGCUAUUCCCCUGUUGAAGUUGCUUGGACAGUGAAAGUGGAUGAAGUCCUCGAUUAUAUAAGAAGUCGAUUAAUGAAAUCGUGAAAGCUGUGGCAUUAUGUAACUGCAAUCCAAAUGUCAAUAAAAACACAAAUUGUAAAAUGAAAGUUGGGUUGCCUCUUGUUACCGACGAAAAUUGCUUCAUGAAUUUUCUUUCCUUCUUAGAGCUAGUAAAGAGCUAGCUCGCCUGUGCAACCUUCCCCUUCAAUAUCCUGAACUUGUAAAACAUUUGCUAAAUAUUUAUCCAAUUAGCUGUUAAUGAAA